AUGUUAACCCUCAGAAACAAGAUAAAGAACCUUGAUGCUAAUGUGAUGCUGAAAACACAUGAAUGGGUUCAGAAGAAGAAGGCAAUUCAGACUUGGUUGUACAACCACAGCUGGAGCCAUAGUCAACAGGCUCUGAUCAAAUAUGGUGGCAGUUGGACACUGAGGAAGGUGGUCAUGCACCAUCAAAAGAAAUCAAUCAACAAAGUGUUGGAAGAAGCCAGGAUCAAGCUGGGAUCCACAGAAAUGAUCAAGUCUUAUCAGAAGGCUGUUGACACUGUCAUGAGGUCCCUUACUGCCAAGGAGAUACAGGAGGCCAAGGCAUUGGCCAAAGAAUGGAAUGUGCAGCAGCCACCUCAGGAUGUUCAAACCACAGAGAAGAAAGGCCAUAAAUAUGCCAAGGAAUUUGCUAAGGAAAUGUGGAAGCAGUGUGGUGUCAGGGUGGUAGUGAUGGUGGCAUGGGAAGAUGCUGAUGGAGAGGUGAUAGUUGGAGUACAUGAUUUCAAUGAUGAAUUGGGUAAUGGCAAAUUAUUUGAGGAGUUGGACAAGUGCCAGGAUAUAUUGGUAAAACAAAGAUGCUGCUCCAUGGUCAAGGCAGAGAAAGAGCAAUGGGAAACCUAA